AAUCGAUACUUUGGUAAGGAUUUUUCACAGGUUAAAGUUUGUCAAACAUAAUAUAAAAGUCAUAUUACAAAAUUACUGAGCUUAAAAGUAUAAUCCCUAACUAUGAGCAAACUCGACGACCUGCUGUCCAAAAAGAAGACGGUUGUUCCCGUUUUGGACCUCAGUCGCAGCAAUAUCCAGACUGUGGAGGAGUUCAAGCGACUUUUAGAAAAGGUGCCCGACUACAAGAUGCGACCGGUAAAGGUGCGCGCCGAGGAAAUAAAGAUCCGGGAGAAGGACUAUGCCUUCAAGAUGCCCAAAAAGGAGAUGCGAAAGUUGCUAAGGGCCAAUGGAGAACGAGAGGCGAUGUACACCUACGCAGACCCUGUGCCCAGUGAAAUGAAGGAUGUGGUACUGAUGGAACUCUGUGCAGUGCCCAUCGAUUGGAAGAUGUUGACUACUCUAAGGCCUAAAAACAAGCAGGAGGAGGAGUACUUCAGCCGCAUGGUUGAGAUGGGAAAGUUGGAACUGAAGACAGAGGCCCGAGAUCGCCGAGAGUUUGCACUUAAUAAUUGUGUCAAGAAAAUCAAGAAUAAAUCUGGAAUUGUGGAGUCUCGACUUAUGACCUGCGAGUCUUGCGGCGAGGAAAUGUGUUGUGGCAAGACUUGCGGCGACUUUAACUACGAUCUUUAUAUUCGUGUCGAGGCCAGAGUGGUUAAGCCCAAGCCGGCUGCAUUGUCCUCCAACAAGGCCAAAUUGAAUGGCCGCAAAAAGUCAACUGUGGCCGGAACUAAGAUCAAGGUCAAAAAGUCCUCCAACAAAACCAGUUAGAAAAGCUUUAGGGAAAAUAUUUACCUAUAUUUAUCUAGACUUAUUUGCUAUUAGAUUUUUCAUAUAUUUAACAGGUUUUAUAAAAUUUAUUCGAUCAAAAAGCUACUGGAAUUUACUUUUAUAAACAUUUCAUGCCAUGUGUAACAUUUGAUAAAGUUGCUAAUUUGUUAAUAAUGUUCAUGCCUUUAUUAUCCCAAGGUGUUAAAUAAUGAGGAACCUAAACUUAAUUAAAGGCAAAGACUAAAUAAAACACUAAAAAUGUUGGGCAUUUCCUCUUAGCUUUUAUUUACAACUUA